CUCGAGUUGUCAAAGGCACGAAACAGGGAUCCUGGGCGAAUUGAUCUUCUCUCUCAACCACUCACGCCAUCCUGAACCCUUCUUCCUCCCGCAUCCCUCCAUCGAAACCCUUCGCAACCACCCCCCAACACCUCCGAAUCGCCAUCUACUGAAGAGACAGCACUACCAAACUCAGGUCAUCCCCGCCCCCUACACCGCCCUGCAGACGCGAUAGACGCACACAAACAACUCGACCUGCUGCCCAACCUGCCGAUCGGAGGAGCAGCGUCAACACACAUUUCUCCUACGACCAAUCCAUCCGCGCUAGGCGCCCUUCUCCCUUCUUCAACAUCACCUUGACGACAACUGUUGGAUCAUUUCUCAAUAUCGCCGGCCUGUCUCACAACACUGACACAACCUCGAAAUAUCACCAUCCGAACACUCCCGCCACGACCGAGUCGUGUCUGUGAGACUAUUGCCUUUCUACUACCCUCAUAACACCGAGGACCGCGCCUUCCUGAAUCACCUUCCCGAUACCUCGCACUUGCCUGGUGUUUCCUACGCCGACUAUGACACAAGCUUGAUCAAGACCAUUUGACAACACUCAGGCUGCUUACGCCACUCCGCCACGGUCAAAAACGUCUCAGGGAGACAUCCUGUUUCGUUCGGGGUUCCCAUUCAUGGCCAAAAGCUGGGAUUGAAUAUAUGAAGCUCGGUGUAGGUCAAAAUCAGGGUGGUCACGACUCCCGUCAUGAUGGCAACAUAUUCUCCUCAUCGUGAGGAGCGAGAAGCAACUCAUCCGCAUUCACCAAAAACACUCACCCACUUCGACCCUCAUUCCGCGAUCCGAGAGAUACGCCGGUCGCUCUCUCGCUCGCCUUCGAAGAGCUCCGAUCUUCGUCAGUUUCCGUUCCGAUCACCAGGCCAUGGCAAUAUCCCAUUCUCAUCAUCGCCACUAUCUCCGUCACGGAAAACCACGUCCGAAAACAACCUAAUAUCCUCAUUUACUUCGACUCCAUAUACUCGGACCACACAAGGUUCGCGGCUUCAGCGGCCCCUUCUGCGACGAACUACACAAAGCCAUGGCGUUAACCGUGUUCGGACAUCUCCAAAGAGCCCUACCAAGCGUGCUCUAAAUGAUUCUAGUGAUUGCGGAAACUCAGCAUCUGCGCCACUCCGGAAACGCAGCUCUGCAGAAACAGACCGCGAUCUAGCUCUGAAAGCGCUGACGGCAGAAGAAGGCAAGGAGAAUGAGCAUUCCCAUGAAGAGCCACCUCAAUGGAAAGCUCCCAUGACUCGCCAAGAAAAGAGACGCAGCGGUGGUGCUUUGAUCUCGACUGUUGCUCCUUUGAGUCCCAUGAAACGUGCGGAUGGCCCAAAGGCCGACGAUGCCAACGAUUUUGAAAGUCCAUCAGCGAAGAGACGAAGCCUGCACGGCCCAGGGUUGGAUUUCAGCAUCUUCGAAUCGGAUAGCCUGGACGGUAGCAUGUUCAAUGAUAAGCGUGCACAAGAUGAUAAUGACUGGUUUGCUGCCAGUACUCCUCUCUCGGCUUCACGCUUCUCUACCAUACCAAAACGAUCUUCGUCCCUUCGGAAAUCAACUCUUCAACAACGCCAAACUGAUCGAUCGAGCAAUCUCCGGUACAACAAUAUCAUGGAGGUAGACAGAUCUUUCUUCGAAAGCACGCCUGCUUCACACGUGAGAAAGGGCCUGCGUGUCUCUCUGGACAAUCAACCGUUGCCACGAGAGAGUCCUUUCUCGAGUCAAGGAAGCCUCUUGAGUGCAUCAAUUCAUCCUGUGCCUGCUUCUCAGAGCAACUUCCCAACGCAACCACGGCACCCGCUGUCACGGACAAUGACCCAAUCCUCUUCACAGACUGACGACCAAGACGACUCACCCACCCACGAACCAAUCCAUAGAUCGACAAGACCUCGAUCCCAUGACUUUUCUCGAUCUUUGCCCGUUGGCGCAUUGAGACCUUCCCCGGAAGGCAACGAUCUCUCCUCGCAAGGAUCAUUCGCCACGCCUGGUAAUUACAAAGCUGCAAAACCUCUCCCUGCGGCUUUCAUGUCUACGGGCCUCAUCUCGAAGAAGAACCGCAAUGUGGACGAUCCUGAUGCCGGCUUGCCGAAAGCACACAUGCCAGAUACUCCAUGCAAAAAACAAUCCGUCAUUUUUCCAUCUGACGAUAAGUUUGUUGCUCCGGACCCUAUCGGUGCCAGAGCAUCUCGACACUCAUUUGGCGCACCUACUACGCCUCUUGAAAUGCAUGGAACCUCGAAGGUCUCGAGUUUUCCUUUUUCCAAAAGCACGGGUAUCUUUGGCCCUCGGCCCAACAAACCAGCCUUGAUCAGAGAAGGAAGCUUUGCAUCUAUUGACGCUGAGGAGAAAACCAGUACUCAUUCUCCUUUUACUCGGGCCACCAGUCAGUCAACCGAAUCAGAUUAUCCUCCUACACCUACCAAGCACUUCAUGGAAACCGAAGGCCGUGAGUCAGUGUCGCCGUCACCCCGCCAUCCCAUCCAUCUGGCUCUACCCAAAUCAGCUGUGACAUCUCGCGUCUCAAGCAGUAAGUUAUCUCCUAUUUCGGCAUCACCUCAACACGUCGACGGGGACAGUGACAGCGUGAUGGAAGACUCUCCUUCCGCCAGCCUGAGACCAAAGUCGACGUCGAAAACCACUUCGGUACCAAUCCCGUCCUUUACUGCAGGCCGUCUGUCGAGAAAUCUCGGAUUUCCCAGGCCGCUCUCAAGAAAGCCUCUUUCUAUUCAAUCUUUUUAUUCACCUGCAUUGGAACGUACUAAAAUGACAUCCGUCUCUCCAGUUAGUCCAGGGAUCGAUAAGACCGAUAGACUGUCACCUCAUACUCCACUCGAUGGUUUCUUUCCCCCGGACCCGAGCCGUCUCACCAUCUCUGGCCGUGCCGAACGUGGCUUGGGUCAGCGAGAUACUAACAAUAGUGCAUUCAUUCCUGCAACGCCUACCGGACCGCGCGAGCAUUUUCCCAAUUUUUCCAACCGACCGAGCCUUAAUCUAACAGCUCCAGACACGUCGAACAUUGACAGCAGUCUAACGUCGAGGUUUGAGAAGGUUGACCUGAUUGGAUCUGGAGAAUUUUCUCAAGUGUACCGAGUGUCCCAGCCUCCAGAAUCAUCGCAAUACCACAAGAUAUAUUCCGUCUCGGCCGCGCGACCAUCAUCGAGAAGUUCUUUGCCAGAAAGAGUAUGGGCCGUCAAGAAGUCUCGGCAUCCGUACUCGGGUGCGAAGGAUCGUCAGCGAAAGAUUCAGGAGGUGGACGUGCUCAAAGCCCUGGGCCAUUCGGAUCACGUUGUUACUUUUGUCGAUAGUUGGGAACAACAAGGUCAUCUGUACAUCCAGACCGAAUUCUGUGAAGAGGGAACGCUCGAUGUGUUUCUUGCACAAGUUGGUCUCAAGGCUCGACUUGAUGACUUUCGCAUCUGGAAAAUUGUCCUGGAGUUGGCUCUUGGAUUGAAACAUGUCCACGACAGCGGAUUCAUUCACCUCGACGUCAAGCCUGCAAACAUUCUCAUCACUUUCGAAGGCGUCCUCAAACUUGGAGAUUUCGGCAUGGCGUCCAAAUGGCCGGCCAAAGCAGGCAUUGAAGGCGAAGGGGAUCGUGAGUACAUCGGACCCGAAGUUCUGAUGGGUCGGUAUGACAAACCCGCCGACAUCUUUGCGCUGGGCCUGAUUAUGCUCGAAAUCGCCGGUAACGUCGAGCUUCCUGAUAACGGUGUGUCGUGGCAGAAGCUCCGGAAUGGUGACAUGAGUGACGUGCCCAGUUUGACAUGGAGCUCGGGAACCAGUGGGAUCUUGCGCGACGCAUCAGGCAACCCGAUCAUUGAAGACGACUCCCUAGACGAUGUUCAGCAAAGCAAUGACUACGAUGUCGACGUCGUUGAUGCCGAUGGACAAAGCGGCAUGGAAGGGCAGUAUUCUGGAAAGGCGUUCCAUCAUCCACGCAGUGGCGAGCUUGUCGAGCCGCCUCAGUUCAUGGUCGAUCCUUCACACGAACAAGCUCUGGAACGCAUCGUCCGAUGGAUGAUUUCUCCUGAUCCGAAUGACCGUCCACUCGCGGCCGACGUACUCAACACCGAAGGGGUUCGAUUUGUGGAGGCGCGACGACGUGCAGGAGCGACCAUCUUCGAAGGCAACUGGGGCCCAGCAGACGAAAUUCUGGCGGAAGACGCAGAAAUGAUCGAUGUUUAAAUCAUCUAAGCGAGCCAUCCUUACGCUUGGAUCGAUGUGGCGAGUUUUUGGAUAUCAGUACGGAUUCACAGCACAGAUGUAAUAGUCUUCUAAGCAGAAGAGAGCUUUUCAGGAUUCACGAGCGAAACGGCACUCGGGAAUUGAUCAGGAAACUUUGAGGCGAAUUGACUUGUUGAGCAGUUGAGCGAGAUUUGGUUUGAGUUUCGCAGCCCCUGUGCGGCCAUGGUAUAAUUUUCUUCACCAUAUGGCAUGCAGUUGGCUGGACUCGGCAUACAAUCCCAGAGUCAUGUUUGAUCACGAUGCCACGACAAUGGUUUUGUUAUUACAACAAGGUGCAACAGAAACAAAGAAGCGUGGAGUUGAUUAAGAACAGAGAUUUAUUGAUUCACAAGGCAUGUUAGUAGGGGGUUUGUUCAGCCAUUUGUGGUGAGGGAUUGCUCGGGAUCGAUAGGCACAUUGAGGGCUUUCGGAAGGAACAGGGAGUAAUACUCAUGCACGAGGGCUGAGAAUAAGAAGCAAGAGGAUAGAGCAAGACGAGGACGGCAUAUGCAGGUUUAUCUUGAUAGUGGGUGUACUCGUACUCGAUAUUCUCGUACAGCUACCGACAUUAGAUGCGAGUAGCUUGAAUGAUGAUAUGAACUUCAAAG